AUGGAAGGUCAAGCGAAACAAGUAUACUUCAUCAAUGAAGCAUAUAAUCACGAAGAGCCACCAUAUGGAGCCGGUGGAGGCGGUGGAGCAAUCGCAGCAGAUAAUCAACCGCGGCGUCGCAGCGGUGGUAACAAGGAGCUCCAAUUGGAUUUAUCGGAUAAAAAAAACAAAGAGCAGCCAGCAAUUGCAACCCCCGCCAUGGAUUUCGAUGAUCUCCUGCCAUUGAUUGGAGAAUUUGGAAGAUAUCAGAAGAUUUUAUUCGUGUGCAUGAUUCCCUUCUCGUUCUUCGUGGCCUUUGUGUAUUUCUCACAAAUCUUUAUGACACUCAUACCGGAGCAGCACUGGUGCCAUGUACCUGAGUUGGAUGCACUCGAUGUGGAGGCAAGAUUGGCCCUGUCGAUUCCCAUGGUGAAUGGGGAGUACAACAAUUGUUAUAUGUACGAUGUCAACUAUACGGAACUCAUGGCCCAGGGCAAAAUUAUGGCUGAUCCGAACUGGCCACGUGUCAAAUGUCGCAAUGGCUGGUCAUAUAAUUUUACGGAAAUACCCUACUCCACGGUGGCUACUGAACAGAAUUGGGUCUGCGAUGAUUCUGCGUUACCCACCUAUGCGCAAUCCAUUUUCUUUCUGGGUGCCAUUGUCGGGGGCUUGCUCUUUGGCUGGAUAGCGGAUCGGUUUGGCCGUAUUCCAGCUCUUAUUUGUUGUAAUCUGAUGGGGUUACUUGCGGGCGUCGCAACUGCAUUUGUUAAAAACUUUUGGCAAUUUGCCACAAUGCGUUUCUUUGUGGGAUUUGCAUUCGAUAAUUGCUUUACCAUGAUGUACAUACUAGUGCUCGAGUAUGUGGGCCCCAAAUACCGUACUUUUGUUGCCAAUAUGUCCAUUGCCAUAUUCUUUACAGGCGCCGCCUGUUUACUGCCCUGGAUUGCAUAUUUUGUCGCCAAUUGGAAGCUGUUGACCAUCAUUACCUCAGUUCCUUUGUUGUUGGUGGUGUUUACGCCUCUCAUUGUGCCCGAAUCGGCGCGUUGGCUUGUCUCCCAAGGCGAGGUAGACAAAGCCAUUUCUAUACUGCGUCAGCUGGAACGUCGCAAUGGUCGUCAGGUUUCGAAACAAACGUAUCAGAACUUUAAGGACAGCUGCCAGCGGAUGCGGGACCAGGAGCAGGAACAGAAUGCUAGUUACUCUGUACUGGAUCUCUUCAAAUCUCCACGCCUGCGACGUACCACUUUGCUGCUUAUUGUCAUCUGGAUGGCUAUAUCGUUGGUCUUUGAUGGUCAUGUACGUAAUGUCGGCUCUCUUGGUCUGGACAUCUUCUUCACCUUUACUGUGGCCAGUUUUACCGAGCUACCUGCAGAUACUUUACUUACUGUUACACUAGAUCGCUUCGGACGACGUUGGUUAGCUUGUGGCUCGAUGGUUGCCAGUGGCAUCUUCAGUCUUCUGGCUACACUAGCACCGGUAGGCGUAUAUUCCGCCACGUUGGCUAUAAUGGGUCGUUUCUUUGUGAACAUUAGUUAUAAUAUUGGACUGCAGUAUGCAGCUGAGAUAUUACCCACUGUGGUGCGUGCUCAGGGCGUUGCCUUUAUACACAUCAUGGGCUAUGUGGCCAGCAUUAUAGCACCGUUUGUUGUAUAUUUAGCCAACAUAUCGCCUGCACUGCCGCUUAUCAUAUUGGGUCUCUUGGGCAUAGCGGGUGGCUUGCUGGCGCUGCUGCUGCCGGAGACAUUGCAUCACCAAUUGCCACAGACACUGAGCGAUGGCGAGGAGUUUGGACGUGGUCAGAGCAUUUGGGAUUUUCCCUGUUUAGCCAAGCAGCUAGACGAUGAGGAUAAAUGCAAUACUGAUGUGGAGGAGGUGCGUUCGCCGGCCUUUGUGCGUGGCACUCAAACAGGCGCCUCGCUAACUGCAUCUACACGCGGUGAGCUGCGCUCGAGCAUUUUACGGCGUUCGAUUCAAUCGCGUAACUCCACCAAACUUUGAACAUUCAACAU